UCGCGCCGCUGUGACGUAUUUGGUCUUCGAUUACAGCCUUCCAAGGAUGCAGUCUCUGAAUAGGGACACAGCUGUCCCUUUAAAACGUAAGUAAAGGGAACGAUUUUUUGUGCAGAAAAGUGAUUGGACCUAUUUACCAGAAACCCGCCUGCAUCUAGGUAGACAUGGCGGAUAUACGAACACGUCCCUGUGUGAGUUCAACUGAGAAUAACGCAAAAGAUAAUAUUUCCCGAGAAGGCGGCACUGGCACAUCUGCAUUAUUUGUUAAGUUAUUUGCUGCAGCUUUUUAUGGGCUCUCGUCUUUCCUUAUUGUUGUCGUUAACAAGAGUGUGCUUACUAAUUACAGAUUCCCGUCCUUUUUAGCAGUGGGAAUUGGACAAAUGUUUGCAACAGUUGUUGUGCUGCGAGGAGCAAAAUCAUUAAAUGUGGUAGAUUUCCCAGAUUUUGAUAGGCAUGUACCUCAUAAGGUAUGGCCACUCCCUUUAAUAUAUGUGGGAAAUCAGUUAACAGGUCUGUUUGGAACAAAACAACUAAAUCUGCCAAUGUUUACUGUGCUCAGAAGAUUCUCCAUUUUAUUCACAAUGCUGUUUGAGGGUUACCUCCUAAAAAAGGAGUUUUCAUGGUCCAUAAAGGCAACCAUAUUCACCAUGAUCCUGGGAGCUUUUAUUGCUGCAAGUACGGAUUUAGCUUUUGACCUCUACGGAUAUGUGUUCAUUACACUUAACAACAUUCUGACUGCUGCUAAUGGGGCUUAUAUGAAACAAAAACUGGACUCCAAGGAGCUGGGAAAAUAUGGGCUGCUCUAUUACAAUGCUUUAUUCAUGAUUAUUCCCACUAUGAUUUUAGCAUACUUAACUGGAGACAUUAAGAAGGCUUUGGAGUAUGAUGAUUGGGCUGACAUUUUCUUUGUGAUUCAGUUUGUGUUAUCAUGUGUCAUGGGGUUUAUGCUCAUGUACUCAAUUAUGUUAUGCACCCAUUAUAACUCUGCUUUGACGACUACCAUUGUCGGCUGUAUCAAGAAUAUCUUAGUGACAUACAUCGGGAUGGUGUUUGGUGGAGAUUAUAUCUUUACUUGGGUGAAUUUUAUCGGCCUAAACAUCAGCAUUGCUGGCAGUCUUGUGUACUCACACAUCACUUUCACUAAGGAACAAAAAAAAAAAUAUUGAUGGAACAAGCUUAUAGUGUCGAUAAAACCUAUGGGAGUCAAGAAGACAGUCAGCAGGGUGUGCACACAGUCUCAUUUCACAACACCUUGAGUGCAACAGAGACCAGCAAUUUUCUCAGCAACCUUGUUUUUGUUGAGAUGUGAUAUGAGAAGAUAUGAUUUAAUUUAAUUUGAUGUUGGAUAGAUGAGAAAUUAUUUCCUUUGCUAUGGUAUGAAAUCAGUAUUAUUCUUUUGUCUUUGUAAAUUGUAAAGUCCUCAACCUUAGUAGUUCAAGGUGGACUGUUCAAUUUCCAUUUUUAUUUUUUAAUUGAGGUAUGAAUCAAAAUUAUUUUUAUUUAUUAUCAUUAUUAUUAUUAUUUGUGUGUGGUAAUUAACAUGAUACAAAUUAUGACACAACAAGUGAUGCUGUUGAAACUGGAAUAAGUGUAUGAACAACCUAAAUAACUUUUAAUGGCUAUAUGCCAUAAAUAAAUAAAUAAUAAUAAUAAAUAAACUUUUGCAUAAAUUGAUUUUCACUCAUGUUUUUCACUAUUUCGUUAUUUUCACAAAGCACAAUUCUGUGUGAAGGAUCUAAGGAUCCUCAAACUGUGUGUUUUGCUUCAGGAGAGCAAUCAUACAUUUGUGUUGUGGUUUAGUUACUUUCAUUUAUUCUUCAUGCAUUUGUUCAUAUAAUAAUUUAAUCAUUUUAUUAUUCCAUUCAAUCAUAUAAUCAUUUAUAAUAAUCAUUAUAACCAUUUAUAUACUAAUUUCAUUGAUGUAUUCAUUGAUUAGUCAUUUUUAUUAGUUUUUUUAAUAUAAUUUUUUCCAUUGUUUAGUCCUAUGGCUGUGUGUUUCAAGGGCUGUAUGUCUUCAUGAAUAAGAGAUAAGAGGGAAUGCUCAUUGAAAUUCAAGGUUUAUGGCAGGUUGUGAAGCAUUUUGGUAUAACACUGGUUGUUGGAUUUGUGCUGGUCAGACGAAGUCUGAGCAUUGAAACGUACACAAUUAAGAUUAUUCAAUAAACUCUAGUUUUUUUUUAUCAUCAU